UGUACAUGUACACUGUACAGGGUGCAUACGUACGUUUUUUAACAAUAUGCCAUGUUAAGCAGAGCAGCGGUACUUCUCACUACAAAACGAGGCGUGGUUUGGAACAGCUUGCUCACGAAAUACCUCUCUUCCGGAAAAAUGGCUGGACUAGGAGCAAAGAUGGAGCGAUUGUACAUCUCUGAAAAAGGAGAUGAUGAAACCGGAGAUGGUACGGAGCAAAAACCGCUCAAGACGCUCCUUAAGGCUAUGCAUAUUUCUGGUGGUGAACCCUUCCCACAAUUCCUGAGUGAUGCUAAGGAUAAAGACAAGCAAUGGGAAGAGGUAUCCCAAGCUCAGCGGAAAAAAGCCUUCAAAGUUUUUCAGCGGGACCAGAAGAAGAAUGAGGAGAAGGAGAGGAGAGAGGCAGAGGACAGGGAGAGGAGAGAGAAGAACCUUGAAGAAGCUAAAAAGAUCACUAUCUCAGAGGAUCCCAGUCUGCCUGCGGCCAAGAGGAUUUUGAUCAAAGAUGGUACCACUAACCGUGACCAGCGGGUUAAAGUACAAGGCUGGGUGCAUCGCCUACGCAGGCAAGGCAAGAAUCUAAUGUUUAUUGUGUUGAGGGAUGGAACCAGCUUUCUCCAGUGUGUUCUGAAUGACAAACUGUGUCAGACGUACAAUGCUCUCAUCUUGUCAACGGAGAGUACCGUAGCACUUUAUGGAGUCAUCAAAGUUCUACCUGAAGGCAAGACUGCACCAGGAGGCCAUGAAUUAUCCUGUGACUACUGGGAGUUGAUUGGUGCAGCACCAGCAGGUGGGGCAGAUAAUCUCGUCAACGAGGAAUCCCACAUUGAUGUUCAGUUGGACCAGCGGCACAUGAUGAUGAGAGGAGACACGCUGUCCAAGAUAAUGAAAGUCAGGUCCACUGUCUCACAAUGUUUCCGGGACCAUUAUUUUAGCCAUGGGUACCACGAGGUUUGCCCGCCCACCAUGGUACAAACCCAAGUAGAGGGCGGUUCUACCCUCUUCAAGUUUGACUUCUUUGGUGAACAGGCCUACCUGACUCAGUCUUCUCAGCUCUAUUUGGAGACUGCUCUCCCGUCGCUUGGUGAUGUCUUCUGCAUUUCUCAGUCAUAUCGUGCUGAGUUGUCGCGCACCAGGCGUCAUCUAGCAGAGUAUACCCACAUUGAGGCAGAAUGCCCAUUUAUCUCCUUUGAUGACUUACUGAACAGAGUAGAGGACUUGAUCUGUGAUACUGUAGAGAGAGCACUGGCAUCUCCCAUUGGACCUCUCAUCAUGGAAUUCAACCCGGACUUCAAGCCUCCAAAGCGUCCAUUCAGGCGUAUGGAUUACAGUGAGGCCAUCACAUACCUCAAGGAACAUGACAUCAGAAAGGAUGAUGGCACCUUGUAUGAAUUUGGAGAGGACAUUCCUGAAGCUCCAGAGAGGAAGAUGACAGACCAGCUCAAUGAGCCUAUCUUACUUUGCCGAUUUCCAGCUGAGAUCAAGUCCUUCUACAUGCAGCGAUGCCCUGAGGAUCGUAGGUUGACCGAGUCGGUUGAUGUGCUGAUGCCCAAUGUGGGUGAGAUUGUAGGAGGCUCCAUGAGGAUAUGGGACUACGAAGAGUUGUUGGCUGCUUACAAGUCUGCUGGCAUUGACCCCACACCUUACUAUUGGUACACCGACCAGAGGAAGUAUGGGACCUGUCCCCACGGUGGGUACGGUCUGGGCUUGGAGCGAUUCCUGACGUGGAUCCUGAACCGUCAACACAUCAGGGACGUCUGCUUCUACCCUCGCUUUAUAGAACGAUGCACGCCAUAAACUAAACUCACAUGGCCUUCAAUUCCUGAAGCUAGGUAUUGCUGGUAUGUGUCGGUAAAAUAAUUAAAAGUUGACAAGGGCGGAGCAAGGAUGAUCCAAAGGGGGGGGGCAUUUAUCCCCCUCUCAGUUAACAGAGAAAUUAAGAUCUUGGUUCCAAUUUGCAGAGUUUGUUCUCACAGAUUGAAAUGAAUUCAUCCUAUUUUAAUCAUGUCACAGUCUGAACAAAUUGUUGCCAUUUUUUUCCACAGUAUGAAUUUGCUAAUGGUUUGCAUACUUGCUGAUUUCUAUAGUUUAAUACUUCGCUGUUUCGACAAUUUUUUCCUCUUGGUUUAAGCUAACAUUUACUGUGCUUACUGGUUUCCUCAAAAUUAAUAGAGGCAAGGUUUGUACAAAAUUGCCUGUAACGCUGCGCUAUGAAAUUACACCUGACUUUCAGUCACGUGUAGAGGGUUUAACACUGUGACUGGAUGCGUAAUCUUUUCAAAAAUAGUGAGUUAUAAUUAGGUCCUGAUGUAAUCAGAAACAUGAUCACUACUUUGGACAUCCUGCCCCCCCCCCCAGGUCAUAGCCUAACUCCCCCCUUGGAAUUCUUCUGGUAGUAGAUUUUUCUUCAAGAAUUUCAAAUGUUGACUUGUGUGUCACAGUAUGUCUUUUUUCUUGGAGCCAGGACCAUUGGAAACGGUGCUUCUUUGAUGGUUAACAAAGAAAUUGAGCUUGCAAGAUCAGAAGCAAAUAGUCUUGACCUCAUUCAAGCCAGUUUGCCAGUUUCACGGUGUAACGUGUUAGUUGCUCCUCUCUUGUGAAGUUUGUGCAUGCUUUACUGUGUUUCACUGCUUCAGUGUCUGUGCAAUGCUCAGACACCAAUAAGCACAGACCUUUUGUGUUUGGGAGCACUGUGGCAUUGGUUCCAGAUCUUAAACACUCUACAAUUGAACCACAGUCUCCAAAUAGCUAUGGACAAGUAUUGAUCAUGGAUAUGCAAAUUUCGUUUAAGUUUCAGGGAUUCACUUGGUCAAGAUAAAGCUCUUUUUUUCCUUGUUUUUCAAUAUUUUUUUUCUAUUGUCUGUGAUGGCUUUUUCUCAAUUUCAUUUCGUCUUUGAACUCCAUAAAAAAGUCUCAUUUUGAUAUUUGACUUUGUAUGGCAGUUUUGUCCUUGGACUCUUUGGAUUAACAAAUCUGGAAACAUUUUUGUACACUUUUUUCCCAUAUUCUGUAUGAGAUUUUUAUUUUAAAUCUGUAAUAUUGAAAACUAGAUAUCAAAUUUUUGUCACAUCAGUUUUAAGUUAUGGACAAACAAUUUAAAAACUGGGAAAAUGCUCAGAUUUUUCGCGUACACUUAUUUGUAAAGUGCAUCUCUGAAGAGCUAGGAUUUAUCCUAAACAUGAAGAUCAGUGAUCUAAAAAUAGUCUUGAGCUUGAAAUGUAGGUGUUAUAUAAAUUAGAAAAUAACUCUAUCUCAACAGACUUGCCAUGCUUUGCAAAAGGCCUAAGAAGUGGUUACAUUUUUAAAGAUCCUUAUCUGAAUGAAUGUUCACAAUGAAUUGGGUAAUGCUUGGUCACUUUCGUUUUUUUCUUUGAUUAAAAGAAAUGUUGGUUCACAGGUUGUGAAGCAUGUAGAUUCAAUAAAAUAAUUCGCAAAGUGCAUCUACUUAAAACCUUUA